AUGUCUGCUUUUGAAAUAAGUUUGAGAGUGACUGGUCAAACGAGUCAAGGCGGGCGAAAAUAUAUGGAAGAUGCAUUUGUUGUGGCUUAUCAACAGACUGAAGACAAAAAUGAUUUAGAAUAUGCAUUUUUUGGUAUUUUCGAUGGUCAUGGAGGAAAGGAAGCCGCUCUAUAUGCGAAAAACAAUCUGCUCGAUAAUAUUGUAAAUUUCAAACAUUUUUGGCAUGAUGACGAUGAAAUGGUCUUAAAAGCAAUAAGAGAUGGUUUUUUAACGACACAUCUUGCGAUGUGGAAAGAAGUUGAUAACUGGCCGAAGACACAGUCUGGCCUUCCCAGCACUGCUGGUACUACCGCGAGUGUGGCUUUUAUUCGAAAAGGAAAAUUAUAUACAGGCCAUGUUGGAGAUUCUCGUAUAGUGCUGGGAUGUAGUGAACCAGACAAUGAAUCUUGGCAAGCAGAAUCUUUGACAAUCGAUCACAAGCCUGAAUCGCCAGAAGAGAGGAAAAGGAUCUUGGAAUCAGGAGGUCUCGUCAUGAAUAAAUCCGGCGUGGACAGAGUUGUCUGGAAGAGGCCGCGUCCGGGCCACCAGGGCCCAGUUUUGCGUAACACUGACUGCGACGAGGUCCCAUUUCUGGCAGUUGCACGAUCUCUUGGGGAUCUGUGGAGCUAUGAUUAUUUCCAGCAGGAGUUUGUUGUGAGUCCAGAACCAGAUCUUGGUGUCAUGACUCUGGACUUGAAAAAGGACAAGUGUCUGAUAUUGGCAUCAGAUGGGCUGUGGAACAUCAUGUCACCCCAAGAUGCCAUUCAUCUUGUGCAAGAAGUGGAAAAUGAAAAUGUUAAACUUAUCACUAAGUUUGGUGUCUCGGAACAUUUACACUUAACCCUGUGCAAUCCUUCAAAAGUUCUCGUGGAUUGUGCUCUGGAGAGAUGGAACCAAUUGCGUACCAGGGCCGACAACACGAGUGUCGUUGCCAUCAUGCUGGAUCUGACGGCUUCGCCAGAAGUGGAAAUAUUGAGGGAGCAACUGAUUCUCAAAAUGAAUUACCCGAGAAGCUUGCCAGUCUGGGACGUGAGUCGAAGGCCUAAAAGUUCAGUUUCUGUGAAAGCCGAUGAGUCCAAUAGCUCGAGCGAAGGUACUCUGGCUGUGGAUGAAAACGUAGAGAACAAAAUGGGUUAUCUGCAAAUGGCUGCCAGACUCCUGGCCGAGAAAGACGACACAAACAAGAAUGGCGAUUCUCAGAAUGACAUUGAACGUCACAGCAACAGCCCUCUCCAGUCCUGCUCCAAUCUCCUACCAGAAUAUUUCCUCCCUGGAUCAUCGAAGAAGAGGACGGAGAGCGAGGGCAUCGAGAACUCCCCCUGCCCCUUCCCUCGAUGGGGGGAGAGUGCUUCGGGGCACACCAGUCUCUCCAAGUUGGCCACCUGGAGCAAGGUCGUCAGCCGUCGUCGAAUGAGCGAUCCCUUCCCCCACAGGAGUUUUGAAUUCGGCCACACAUCUUCCGACGAUGGCUACUCUUUGUCGGAUGACGAAAACUGCAUCCGUAACUGCGAAAGCUCCGCACGCGACGACGAGAUAUAUUUCGAUAACGAUUCCAACCCGAGCGGCGUGUCAAAUCACGGCAAAAUGUAUGAUUUGAGCGACUCGAUUUCCGACGAAAACAUUCUGAGGAGAGCUUUAGACCACGUGUGUGAUGUGAAGCAUGCAGUGAAGAGGAAAUACCCCACUUCGGAGAUGUGCCAGACUGUUGUGAGUCACUCCCAACAAGUUUCGAAAAUUGACGGCGUUACUUCCCAGAAGAGGAAGUUGGAUUUAUUGAAUUUUGAGGCUUUGAAUAGUGCUUCAUCUUCAUAGCAUAGAUGCUUGACUUGAUAGGACUAAAACUUGACUAAAAAGACAUUGUUAUGGAAAACCAACUGUGAUAAUAAAAUCUUGUUGACUUUUAUUUUUUUAUGAACGUAAAUGUGGUAUGUGUUCUGUGACGGAGAAUAUGUUUUAUUAUAUCAAUCAUUCUGUCUAGGGUGAGGAAAAGUCAAUUCAUCUGUUUUUACUUUUGUCUUCUUCCAUCACUUUGAAGUACAAAUCCCUUUUACAUCUUGCAAUGGGGUUGUUUCCUUCAGUCAAAAGUACUACUUUUAGUCAUUGAAAUGGAUAGAAUGAGCAAAAAAAAUUACAUGGACCCAGAAAAUACUUUCAUUUUCCCAACAGUUUUUUUUUUUUUAAUUAAUUUUUUUAAACGUCCGAUUUUUCAAACAAGGCGUGGUCUUCAUGACGUCACAAAUGAUGCAAUAUAGCGCAUCUUUCUACUACGUUUCCACGUUAUGAUAAUCAAGCAGCGAAUUAAAACUGCGCUCUACGCAUGCUAUUAUCAACCAUAUUGUUACCAAUACAUGUGAGUAAAGAUGCGAAUUAAAUAUUUUGUUCUGUUAAUGGCAACAUUGAAUGGCAUUUCAUCAUUUGUGAUGUCACACAACAGAAGUGUAAACAAUAAAAGUGCGCUACUUUAAGUAAUUUUUUAAAAAUAUUAAACUUUAAUAAAUUAUUUAAAAAAUGGUCAGAUCCUAUGUUUUUAAGCAUGCUGUUUCAGAAAAAAAUACUUUUAAAAUUUUAGAAAUGACCCCAUUAUGUUUUCAAGCUUUGUUUUCACAAUAAAAAUAACGUGAUAGCAGAAUAUGUAGGUAGUAGGAUACUCCUUCUGCAAUUAAAAAAAGAUAGUUAUCUAUUGCAUCGUAUUUAUAAAAAAAAAUAUUUGAAGUUGCUACUUUAAUUUCGAGUAGUCGGUGCACAAAAUACAAGUUGUAUUUAUUUUUUAACAGCACCCAUAUGAUUGUUUUACUACUCUGUCUCUUCCUUCAGUCCUAAUGUAAAUUGGGAUAGAAAAAGAGAAAAAUAGCUCUGAAAUAAUUAGAAUAUAAAAUGUACAAAAUUAUCCAUUUUUGAAAGAAAUCUUAAUUUAAUGCAUAACAACAGAAUGUUGCAAGACAAAAGCAAAAAUUAUUUGACUACUUAUUUUUGUCAUGUUCAUUGUUUUUAACCUUUAUUAUUUAUUUAUUUAUUUAUUUAUUUAUUUAUUUUAAAGAUUUUGUUUACUGUAAUGUAAUAUAUGUACUUAGCUUGUAUUUUAGAAAGUUUCUCUUAUUUUAGAGGUUGAGAACAUUUCAUUAAAUAACAUAAUUUUUUUGCUAUAACCUUUCUUUGCCAUCACAAUGUUAAAUUAAAAAAUAUUUCAUAAAUUGUAUUGAAUGUUUUGAAAGAUAUGAAAGGAAAAACUUAAUAGUAUAGUUAACUCUGAGGAAUAAACAAGGCUUGGAUAAACUUGCUGUGUUUUAGUUACAAAUUUCACAGGUUUAAAAAAUAGCCCCUGUAUUUAAGUUGUUUCUUUUACACAUCAAAACCGAAACAUACAUAAUCGAAUGUACUAUAUAAAGUUGAAUAUUAUGUAAAUGAAAAUCAUAUUUUUUUUUAUUAAGCAUAUAGUAACAUCAUUUGUAGUACUACUAAAGCUGAAUUUAAGAUUAUUGAAGAAUGCUUUUUCUUCCAUAAUUUUGAGCUUAUUAGUUAUUAUGUACUAUAAUGAUAAUUUUAACUGAAAUCACACAGGAAUAGCUGUUUUUAAAUGCUUUUUAUUUUUCAUCUGCAUUAAUUUAUAUGUCCUUAUUGUGGACAACUCUAGUCAUCUUUUACUGUAUGCAUUGUUAUAACUCUGCAUAAUUUUUUCUUAAAG